AAAUCCUUAGUUGAUAUAAAAAAAGUAAUUAAACCCCGAAUUAUAAAAGUACAUUACUAUAACUUACCAGAUCACGUGAAACAAACGGCGUUUGCUGACUGCCCUGAUGCAUGCACUAUGACUUGGGGUGUUGAUGUCGAUAUGUCUACAAGUGACGCUGUGAUAUUCCAAGGUCCGAGUCUCGGGUAUACCUAUCCAAGGCCACCAAAGAAAACACGUGGACAGGUAUGGAUACUACACGGAAGUGAGUCUCCUGUAUAUUGGCGUGGAUCUUUGUCAAAAUGGCGCGGUCUUUUCAACUUGACCAUGGCAUAUCGACGAGAUGCCGAUAUUCGACAUUCUUAUGGUGAUUUUAGGAAACGCCCAAAUGUUCUUUCAAAUAUUACGAAUGACUCACCUAAACCAAGUUCAAAUAAUCCCGUCAGCUGGUUUGUAACUCAUUGUACUACGUCAUCAAAACGAGAGGUUUUCAUCAAACAGCUUUCCAAAUACAUCAAGAUUGAUAUAUACGGUGCCUGCGGUCAGUUAAAAUGUCCUUUGAGUAAAGAUAAGGAAUGUUUGAACAAAUACAAGUUUUAUUUAGCUUUUGAAAACUCUAUUUGUACUGAUUACAUAACCGAGAAAGUUUUUAAAGUUUACCAGACCACUUUUAAUACAAUACCGGUUGUACGAGGGUUCAAAGGUCAAGCUUCCAUGUUUUUGCCUCCCGGAAGUUAUAUAAGCACAGACGAUUUUUCAUCACCAAGGGAACUCGGUAAGUUUAUAGAAAAAACAUCAAAGAAUAUUACAGCGUUUCAACGUUAUUUUCAAUGGAAACAUUUCUACGAAUCUUUUAGCUAUGAAACUAAUCCGUUUUGUGAAUUAUGCCGGAAGUUACAUCGGCCCGAAUCUUACAGACGCUUAUAUUACGAUAUCGAAGCUUGGCUUAAAGGAGAAAAUGAAGCAGUUUGUGGGCGGAUUGAUGAUGUUUAGUUUGUGAACUUGAUUAACCUAUUUGAUAGCGCCGUCUGAUCGGCAGAAAGGUGACUUUUCCCCCCAACACAGUAAUUUCCUGAGAACCAACAUGAUGGUACAUCGAUAAUUAGUCAUAAAAAAUAUUUAGUGUUAAAAUCUUCUUUUUUUUAAUCAUUAUCAAACACAUAUUAUGCGACACUUUUUUAAUGUUGACGCAUGGUUAAAAGUUUAUCAAUAGAAUUCGAAUAAGUAAUUGUGAGUGCUACUUGUAAUUGGCCAUGUUUUCCUUUCUAUACGGCAGUUAAGAAAAAGAAAUUUGUCAAAUUUGUGAGACAAUUGUCAGUAGGCAUAUUUGCGUUAUCAUCCACCUUUAUGCUAGCACAAUACUCUGUAUGCCCUAUUUAUCCAUACUAGCACAUUACAGCUUAAUCUCUGUUAGACAUAGCAUAAUACACUCCUAUACUCGAAUUCACUUAAAUCAUCUCUAGAUGUUAUACCAAAAUGAAUCUUGACUUUAGUACGAGUGAAAAUAAAUGCUUCCUUAGAAAAUAAUUCACUGUGUCAGAAGCUACACCUCUUCAUAUAAGUUAGGUAUUAAAAUCUUGUGUUUUUUGUAAAACCUUUUUAGAUUGCAGGUGAUAGCAACUGCUGGUGAAUGUUUAAAUUCCCCAGGCUUGCCGUAACGGUGUGUUCUCCAUUUGCCCACUUUUUUUAGAACAAAGAAAAGUGUAUACAUAGGAGAACAAUGGAAAACCAAUUAUAGUCAGUUCUAUAAUAAUUUUACCUGUGUUUACCUGUAUUAUUUACCUGUGCUAAAAAGUGGGCAAAAAGAGAGGUAUAUUUAUGUACCUGAGAAGUGGGGAAAAUAACACUAAGUUAUAGUUUUUUUUUUUUUUUUAUCAUUUAUUCGUGAAUUUCAUCAUACACACAUCAUAUUUACAUACAUUUAAGGAUUGAAUAAUGUUAUGUUGAGGUGUAUGGGGGUAUAAACCUCAAUAGGUCUU